AUUGAUAAUUUUUUUUUAAUCAAUUUCAUUAAAACGUAUCGAUUUCAUCGUUUAAUUUGAUGAUAGAUUAAUCAUUUACUAGAUAGAUCUUUUCAUUAUCAAUAUCUUUUUUCAUCAUUCGAUUAUUUUUAAGUUUGCCGCCUAAUAAAUAAGGACUUGUCAUGUCAUCAUUAACAAUGAAUUCCAAUAACCCAGUACUCACUAUGGAUAAAAUCAAUAAUAACUUGGUCAAAAUGGAAUAUGCUGUUCGUGGCCCGAUACCGACACGUGCCGUCGAAUUAAUUGAGGAGCUUAAAAAUGGCGCCGAAAAACCAUUCGAUGAAGUAAUUCGUGCAAAUAUUGGUGAUUGUCAUAUGAUGGGUGAAACACCUAUAACAUUUAUUCGACAAGUUCUUUCAGCAAGUCUUUUUCCUAAAACGGCUUUAGCCGAUCCAAAGUUGCCAAAUGAUGUAAAAGAACGGAUUCAAUUGUUAUUAUCAUCUUGUGGUGGUCAAUCGGUCGGGGCUUAUUCUGAUUCCGCUGGUGUGGAAAUAAUUCGUCGUCAUGUUGCCGAAUAUAUUGAACACCGUGAUGGCUGUCCCAGUGAUUGGCGUAAUAUCAUUCUUACUUCCGGUGCCAGUGAAGGUGUCAAAUUGAUAUUUACAUUGAUUAAUUCGGCUUCAACAGAUAAUAUACAAACCGGUGUGAUGGUACCCAUUCCACAAUAUCCCUUAUAUUCGGCUACAUGUAGUGAAUUAGGAAUGUAUUUAAUUUCUUAUUAUCUUGACGAAGAAAAUGAAUGGGCAUUAGAUAUUGCGGAGCUACAACGGGCGUUGGAUGAAUCUAAAUCUAAAUGUAAACCUAAAGCUAUAGUUGUGAUCAAUCCGGGAAAUCCAACUGGGGCCGUGUUGACCAAAGAAAAUAUUGCUCAAAUCAUUAGAUUUGCACGCGACAAUAAUUUGUUGAUUAUUGCCGAUGAAGUUUAUCAGCAUAAUAUCUGGAAGGAAGGAGCACAGUUUUAUUCAUUCAAAAAAAUAAUGAAAGAAAUCGAUAUAAGGCUUGAAUUGGUUUCAUUGAUGAGCGCUUCAAAAGGUUAUAUGGGUGAAUGUGGUCUUCGUGGUGGUUAUAUGGAGAUUGAUAAUUUUGAACCCGAUGUUAAAGCCGUUUUGUUCAAACAAAUUAGCGCUCGUCUAUGUUCUGCAUUAAUCGGUCAAUUCGCCAUUGAUUGUGUGGUUAGACCACCACAGCAAGGAGAGCCAUCAUAUGAAUUACACCAGAAAGAAAAAGAAACUGUUCUAGCAUCGCUUAAAGGUCGUGCCGAAUUAACCACACGUACAUUGAAUUCAUUACCCGGUGUACGAUCAAAUCCAGUAGCCGGUGCAAUGUAUGCAUUCCCGCGUAUUCAAAUACCAAACAAAGCAGUUGAAGAGGCGGAAAAACUAGGCCAGAAACCAGAUUUUUUCUACUGUAAACAACUAUUAGAAGAAACAGGUAUAUGUCUCGUUCCUGGUUCUGGUUUCGGUCAAAUACCUGGCACUUAUCAUUUUCGAACAACAAUCUUGCCACAACCAGAAUUGUUUUCUAGAAUGAUGAAUAAACUGCAAAAAUUUCAUCUAAAAUUUUUAGAACAGUAUAAGUAAUUCCAAUUUGAAUUAUCCCUGCCAAAUUCAUGUCAAUCUUUGUCAUUAUUAUUCAAUUAAUAAGCCCUUGAAUU